AUGAAGGUGCAGGAGGAGGAGAAGAAAAAGGCCCGAGAGAGGAAGCUCGUCCUGGCAGUGGACAUCGUCUCGUUCCUCCUUGUGUGCGGAGGAGCAGCCGCGAUCCUGUUCUUCAUGCCUGAGUUUGCUAGAAACAACUACAUCUCCGAGAACGCUCUCGUCCCCAACGGUGGAAGGCCUGGCUAUGGGCAUGCGCACGCGAGCUUUGCCAUGAAGAUGUUGGAACGGAUGAGCAGGGCAAGACCCGGGGAGGAGGCUGUGGAUCUUAUCGUCAAGAUUGGAGAGGCAGCCGGGCUGCGGUGCGAGAAGCACAGGUUUUUCUGCCCGAUCACGAGGGAGGAGGGGGUCAACGUAGUGUGCGUGCUGCACGCGGCUCGAGGGGAGGGAAAGGAGACUGUCGUGUUGACGUCCCAGUACCCCGACAAGGCUCACGAUGACUGGAUCGCAUCGGCCGCAUUCACAUGCUCUUUCAUGCAGUUCCUCUCCACCGUCCCUUGGCUCUCCAAGGAUAUCCUCUUUCUCUUCACCCCCUCCUCCUUCCCCCCGCACUCUCCUCCGGCCCGCUGGCUCUCCGACUAUCACUCUGCUGACCUCUCCGGCCGUCUCUACCAUGGUGGGGAGAUCUGGGCGGCAGUCUCUGUGGAGCUGGACAGGAGGAGCAGGUUGGAGGAGGUUGGCGUCGGGUACGAGAGCGAGGGAGGGCAGCAUCCCAACCUCGACCUGGUCAACAUCGCCUUUCACGCCAUCACUCACACAGGAAUCCGAGCCAACAUCCCUGCAAGGAGGGAGCGGCAAGGACAAGCGGGGGAGGAGCGGGCGCGGCGGCUGGAGGUGGUGGCGACCCCAGCAGCGGUCCUAGAGCUGCUGCGAGGAAACCUUCCAGGAUUCGUCGAGAGCAGGGUCGAGAGGAUCCACAUGAACAUGGUCCAGCAGGCGAUGGGGAGGUCGACGGGGAGCCAUGGCGUGUUCAAGGGGUUGAAGGUAGAGGCGCUCAGCUUGAUCUCCGAAGGGAGGAGGAGGGGGGGAGACGCGGUCCUGUCGACCUCCGAUCUCCUGCGGUUGGGUCAGGUGCUGGAGAGGACGGUCAGGUCGAUCAACAACACGCUGGAACGAUUUCAUCAGUCUUUCUUUCUGUGGCUUCUCUCCGACACCCAGCAGUUCCUCCCCCCUGAGCAGUACAUGGCUCCUUGUGGCGUGCUCCUCCUCCCCCUCAUCCUGCAGGCGCUGAAGCUCAGGGCCCUCUCCUCCUCCUCUCCCUCCUCCUACUCAUGGCCGCUGCACGAGACGGUUGCAGUCGGUCUGUCCUACUUGGCUGGAUUGUUCCUCCUUAUCAUGAAGUGGAACUUCUCCGGGCACAGGUUUCUCAUUCUCAAUCUCCUCACUCUCGUCAUGUUCAUCCUCCUCAACUUUUCCUACGGUGCAACGACUGCUAUCGUACUGGUGUGA